CAAAGAUCAUGUAAUAAAUUGUUUUGUGAUUAAUAAAGACGUGUCAGUUGAAGUAAUUAUAUGUGUUAAGAAGGUUUGAUUUCGAUUUGCAUGAUGUUGGUGCCGCUGGCCGUCGUGCUUUUCGCGACGUUGGUGUACGCCCAACCAGCCAUAAACGAAAUUCGGCCACAAAGUAACAGACCAGGAAGAUUCCUGUCUCUUCCUGUACCGCAAAAAUGUGCAAACCGACCAAAAGAAUUCAACUACAGAGGGCACAAUUACUUCUACAGCGGACAUGUUCCCGCUCAUGCGAACCAGAGGGUAGACUGGUUAGAUGCUAGGAACAUCUGCAGAGAAUACUGCAUGGACCUCGUCUCGAUGGAGACACAGGAUGAGAACAACUUAAUCUUCAAACUCAUCCAACAAAAUGAUGUUCCUUUCAUUUGGACAUCCGGACGUCUUUGCGACUUCAAAGGCUGCGAGAAUCGACGUGACCUCGAACCCAAAUCCCUUUAUGGAUGGUUCUGGUCGGCCAACAGAAAGAAGAUAUCACCAACAAAUCAAAUCCCCGAAGGUUGGUCCUUCAACCCAUGGUCUCAAACUGGUCAUAAGAAACUUAGGCAACCGGACAAUGCUGAAUUCGACAUCAAUGGCACUAGCGAAUCUUGCCUGUCUAUAUUGAACAACGUUUACAAAGAUGGAAUCAGCUGGCACGAUGUUGCUUGCUAUCACCAGAAACCAUUCGUCUGUGAGGACUCUGAAGAACUUUUGAACUACGUGGGCAGCACCAAUCCUAACAUCCGCCUUUAAAGGCCUCGUGAAUUAAUAAUUUACGUCAUCAGCACCUGUUUUAUCUGUUUCUGUUGCAGCUUAAACGAGACACGACUUAAAAAAAAGACGAAAAUAAAAAAACAAUCAUCA